UCCGGAUCAACCUUGUGUGCGGAGCGCUGGGUCAAGUUGGUCGUUUGAAGAAAAUAAAGAAAUUUGCGAUCUCCUUGUACUUGAUUCAUCGCACUGAUUCUUACUUCCGCUCAAUCUGUAAUAUAAUUAAUCUCGUUAUAGUUCGUCCUUUCUUUCACGUGAAACUGGUAUUUUGGUGGACGCAUCGUCUCGCAGUGUGGGGAAACCAUAGCGCGGGAGAUAAUGUCACGUCCGCGAUCGAGAUCUCCUGUAUAUUCAAGCAUAUUGAACCUCUCAAAUAUCAACAGAAUUCCAACCCUUCAUGGGAGAAGAGCAGACAGAUUCUUUGAUGGCCAGAUACAUUCAUCAGUACAGUCUGAUUCAUGGAGAAACGCAGAAUAUGACAACAAAGUAGAAAGUAACACUCACUGGAACCGAGAUCCCAAUCAAGGAGAGCAACAUGUUGAUCACUGGGCCAAAUUUAUUGAUGCGAUAGAGCAUGCUCAAAAAAAGGAGACUUCACCUACAUCCAGCUAUCAGGUGCAGGGUCAUGAUGAAAGACCACUCCAUUCUCCAAGGAGGCUGCCUAGGGAGAGGUUACCUUCCCCUGAUCAUGCACGUUUUGACAUGGAAGAGCAUUACAGAAUGCCAUCACCAGUCUGGAACCGAAAUGAAGGCAUUGAGAAAAAUAUAGGCAGGCAGGAGCAUAGUUCACAAAAGAACCACAAAGAAUCAAGAGACAGGUCUUAUCCAAGACAUUCAGAAGGAAGAAGACCUGACAGGAUGGAAUACGAAUUUCAUAAUGAAGAACAUGACGAUAAAUAUAAAAGAGGCUCCUUUUCUGAGAGGUCAACAAAGUCAGAUUAUAUUGAGCAUCAUCCAUCUAAAGGAUUUACAGAUUUUGGUCUGCAGGAUGAGUACAGCGAACAUCACAGGGGUUUUAGCUUGCAGUGUGCACCAGUCAUUGUGGAACAUGAUCACGGAAUUUCAAAACAAGUCUCAAGGAGUAGAGACCACUCAAGAACAAGUGGACGUCCAAGGAGCAGAGAUCCACCUAGAAGAAGUGAGACCUCAAGGAACCGGGAACCUCAUCGAGAUAGAAGAGACCAAGGUCAACAUACACGUACCUUACAAGGUAGGCACAGUGGACCAUCAAACACUGACAUCCGAGAGGAUUUAAGGAAUCGACACGCUUCUUAUGAAAAAGAAAGUAAAGUAAGAGACCGAGCAAGACACCCGGAUCGAGCUAGAAUGGAGUCACAUUCAAGAGACCCAGAAAAACAAAGGGAAAUGGAGUUUAAUGAUAUGAAUGAUAUCGAUUUGAGAACAGACAGGAGUGACAGAGAAAGAGACUCUGUCCAUGAAUGGGGGAAGGAGAGAUCUUCUCAAGAGAAUCAUGGGAGGUUGAUGAUGGGAAAAAAUGAGGUUAGUCUAAGACCUCAAUACCAAAGGAAUCUAAACACCAACACUGGUCCUGUGCCGAGAAUGGAUUUCAGUGAACAGGAGACCCUCAAGAUCAAGGUGGACAUGAGUCGCCCCAUCGGGCAAAGCAGUCAUUUAGGAUAUUCUUCAGAUAGGCAGUUAUCACUGGACUUGGUCAAUGUGGGUCGACAGCGCCUUGACUUCCUGCCUUUGCUGGAGCAUUCUGGAACCUAUAGAGAAUCGGCAGUACAUUCUGGGACAUUUGCCCAAGAAAUCAUCACACUUGUGCAUCAAGUCAAAGAAAAUUGCUUUAAGGGUCAAGGGAUCACUCUUAACGAUCGGUUCUCAAAUGAACAGUAUUAUUCACUUCAGGGUGACUUUAAGGAAGAGGAGGAGGAGGAAGAAGAAGAAAUGGGAUGUGUGGGACCAGUCCUGAAUAGGCCACUUGGAAUGCCUUCAUCUGAAACUCAGAUCUUCUGCAAGAUAGGGCCAGAACGGCUGCAUAGUCGACAGCUUGUCCCUGACCCUGGUGACCUCCGGUAUGACCUGGAGCGAAGAAGACAGCAGCGACUGGAAGAUGUGAAGAUCACCAUUGCUGGGGGCAACUUUACUCAAACGGCACCUCAGAGUCACGAGAGUGAGCCCCUCUACAUGAGUGAGGAUCCAGAGGAGUUGGAAGGGAACUUUGGCUGGUCUGAACAGGCACCUGAACGACCAAGGCAAUGGAAUGGUCCUCGUCAAAGAAUGGAUGCACCAAACAGACAGAACUUCAAUCCGAGGGGAAAUUCCAAUCGCAACAGCAGACCACAGGGAAGGAGGACUUGAAACAGUGAUGGCACUUUGUGAAGAAAAAAAUGACAUUUCAAAUCUGAGGUCGCUUAAAGCACAUUGUUCUUUUGCCGUUUCUGUUUUGUUGGUGGUUUAGUUAAAACCACAAAGACCUUGACUAGUUUUCUGUACCAUUUGUACACAUUUACUUUUUUUGCACCUUCACUGAGACGACACUAAUAGGGAUUUUUCCAGAUACGUUUUUCAUCUGUUUUUGACUCCCUCCUGAUUUUGAACUUGUCAAUUUAGUAUACAAUGUAUUCUAAUAUCUAACAUCAUCGGCAUAGUCCACGUGCUGUGUCUGCAUCUGUGCAUUUGUGUGGAGUUAACUGUACUAAAUAGUAUCGCAAAGCAGUUGUAGUGCACAUGCAGAACGCAUCCGAACAGGCUCUGUCAAAAAUAUACAUGACUGCUCGACUGCACGCCAGACAGAAUAGCGGACGAAAAAAAGUUACUCUAACCUUAAUAAUUUUACACCGCAGUCAACCUGAAACAUGAAGAAUUGGCUGAAAUAUUUUCACUUAUAUUGUCCGGCUUUUCACCUGAUAUUUAGGAAAAAUGUUGUAUUUGUUUGUAGAGAUGUACCCUUGCUGUACUUUACGUAUUCCAUUUCAUAGCAGUAUGCAACACAGUCAGUUUUGCUUUUAUACUAAAAUGCAGACUUUUUGUUGUACCUACAUAUGACACAAAAUAAAUGCAU